AUGAAAUUCGGUGGUGUUAAGACAUGGAAAUGUAUAAAUAGUGCAUUCGAUGUGUCUUGUGAUAAUGGGUAGUCGGCGCUGAAGCCGGCCUGGCAUGACGCACCCACCACGCCCCAUUCCACCCCUAUACCUCUACUCAUCCUUCUACGAGAAACUAACGCUCGCCUUGAAGAUUAUCUUGAUCCUCACCUUUAUCCUUAAUUUACUACCCUUCACCAACCCACAAAUGCAAAACCUAAGCAGAAGUAGACCCGAUCAGAUCAAUUCAAAUGACAUUUACUUUCUCGAAACAUCAAGUAAUACAAUCGAGGAACUAAUUGCAACGACUGUAAGUUCUAGAGAAUAUCAGAAACUUCUAGAUACAUUCAAAAGAAAAAUUGAAGCGACUCCACAUCUGUCGUCUGAAAACAUAACAGAUUACUAUAACUUAGAAGUGUACGAAGAAAACACUGGCACUCAAAACAGUUCGAAAGAAAAGCUUAGAGUUGAUGACGCGAUACGUUUUAAAUUGUUCCACGAUUUCUCAACAACGGUUAAUAAGAACAUAGCUAGAAGUAAGAACGAGAGCGCAGAUAUAGAUGAAAUUGGGUCAAUGGAUAACAUGACAGACGAGCAAGACAGAACAGGUGCUAGGCACACAUCUAGUGAAAUAUCAGACCCUGUUAUUGUUCCUCCUCGGGUCCCUAAGAUAACUAAUUUCCAAACGGCACGGCCCAAGUUUAUGGACGAACUCCCGAAGACCAGGUCGAACCGGAUCGUCUCCAUCCUGGGCCUCUUCGAACUGUCGAUAGGCAACACGCCCAGGGCUGAUGGAGUCUCCGAGCUAGCCGCUGCUAGGCUUGCAGUACACCACGUCAAUCAGCAAGAAGUGCUACCUGGAUACAAACUGCACCUUAUUACUAAUGACACUAAGUGCGACCCAGGAGUGGGCGUGGAUCGGUUCUUCCACGCUCUGUACACGGAGCAGGAGUCCAGGAUGGUGAUGCUGCUGGGCACCGCAUGCUCCGACGUCACCGAGAGCAUCGCCAAGAUCGUACCCUAUUGGAACAUCGUGCAGGUGUCCUUCGGGUCGACGUCGCCAGCUCUCAGCGACAGAUCCGAGUUCCCUCUGUUCUGCAGGACCGUGGCGCCAGACUCCUCGCACAACCCUGCCCGGAUAGCGUUCAUCAGGCAAUUUGGCUGGGAUACAGUGACAGCAUUCUCGCAAAACGAAGAGGUGUACUCCCUGGCUGUGAACGAACUGGUCACGCAACUAGAGGCAGCCAACAUUACCUGCGCAGCUUCUAUCACCUUCGCUGAAUCCGACUUCAAGGAACAACUACAGCAGCUAAAGAAACUCGACACCCGCAUCAUUAUAGGAAGCUUCUCCCAAGAGAUGAUCCCGAAAAUAUUUUGUGAGGCGUUCCGACUGGGGAUGUUCGGAGCGGAGUACGCGUGGCUGGUGGCGGGGAUGCCGCCCCGUAUACGAGGAGCCGCGCCGUGUGCCAGGGCCCAGCUGGCCAGGGCUCUUGAGGGGUUGGUCACCGUCACCGCACACCGAGGCAUCGUGGGCGACCUCACCUCUUUCUCGGGGUUGACAAACGAAAUGUUCCACCGAGAGAUGGAAGCCGCUGGGGUUCCGGUCUCCCCAUUCGCACCCCAAACCUACGACGCGGUGUGGGUCAUAGCCCUGGCACUGAGCAAGGCUGAGCAGCAGUGGAGGAAAUUAGACUUUCAGAAUACCCCAGAAGGUUCAAAACUAGGCCUCGGACACUUCGACUACGAUCGCAAGGACAUGGCCGAAGAAUUCCUCAAUCAGCUAGCGAAUCUAAGUUUCCUUGGAGUUUCGGGACCAGUGUCGUUUAACGGGGCAGAUAGAAUCGGCACAUCUGCGUUCUAUCAGAUCCAAGGGGGCCGUCCAAAAACAGUGGCACUAUACAGUCAUGGGCGAGAGAUGGUGUGCAGAGACUGCUCCCGUCCGCAGUGGGCCGGUGGUAUCCCCGCAGCGAAGCGUGUGCUGGUGCUGCGGGUUGACUCGGUGUGGGCCCCGGCGCGGCUGGCGGUCGCGAUCCUGGCCGCCGCAGGCGUGGCUUUGGCACUCGGCUUCUUGAUCUUCAACUUGCAUUAUAGUAAACGAAGGUCUAUUAAGCUGUCGUCUCCGCGUCUCAACAACAUGACGCUGAUCGGUUGCGUGCUGGUGUACACGGCAGUGGCGCUGCUCGGCGUGGACAACGCCACGCUGCCUUCCCACGUGCCCUUCUCUGCUAUGUGCAUUGGUAGAGUCUACAUUCUCUCUGCUGGCUUCUCUUUGGCGUUCGGAUCCAUGUUUGCGAAGACUUAUCGAGUUCAUAGAAUAUUUAUAAGUAAUAGAAGCGGCGUCUGCAAAACCAAACUGCUUCAAGACACUCCGCUGAUCUUCCUGGUGUGUGCGUUACUACUCAUUGAUGGCAUGAUCGUGACUCUGUGGGCGAUCCUUGACCCAAUGGAGCGGCAUCUCAAGAACUUGACCAUUGAGAUCAGCGCCACCGACCGCAGCGUCAUCUAUCAGCCGCAGAUAGAAGUGUGCAAAUCCCAGCACAUGGCGGGCUGGCUCUGCGCCCUCUACGCGUACAAGGGUCUGCUCCUCAUCGUGGGCGUCUACAUGGCCUGGGAGACCAGGAACGUUAAGAUCUCAGCUCUGAACGACUCCAAGUACAUCGGCAUCAGCGUCUACUCUGUCGUGAUCACUAGUGCUAGUGUCGUGGUGAUAGGCACCAUAAUAUCAGAGAGGGCAACCUUAGCGUACAUCACUAUAACAAGCCUGAUACUGAUUACCACCACGUCGACGCUAUGUCUGCUGUUCUUGCCGAAGAUCAUUGCUAUUAGGAGUAAUACCGAAGAUGAUCCCGUCAUACAAAGUAUGGGGCUAAGAUUAGAAUGUAAGACGAGGAGAUUCAUCACGGACGAAACCCAGGAGUUGCAUUUCAGGAUAGAGAUCCAGAAUAAAGUGUAUAAGCGGGAGGUGGCGGCCCUGGAUCGGGAGAUAGGUAGGCUGGAGAAACUUCUAGCUGAACCUCUCGAGUCCAUCAGUGGGUCUAACGCUUCCAUAGCUUUGCAUAGACGGACGGAACUAAAUACUGUAGAAGAGGAAGGAUGGUCCAGACCCGACGCAGAUCGAAGAACCCCAAGUGUUAGUGGAGGACUGCCCAUGCUAUUACUAUCAGUCCUUCCACCAGUAAUACCACGUGCGAGCUGGCCAUCUGCAGAGGCUUAUCGAGGAAGAAACUCCGUUAGUUUCAGUUCUCAACCCAGGCUCAACUACAGGAAAUCACAACCAGCUAUAGAUCUCUACAAUCUAUGCUUGAAUAAAAAAGAAGAACAACCAGGCAUCCUUAGUAGGUUAAAGAGCUUCUUCGGCAGUAGACCUUCAAGUAGAAAAGCGUCUACUAUGUCCAUAGCAGAUCCUACAGGACAGAGUAUAGCAGCUGCUCUAAAAAUGCAUGUUGGAAUGAUAGCUGGGCUAGUUCCUGGGAAUAGGAAACACUCCAUGGUCUUAUCUUGCAAUACUCUCCAUGUGCCACACCCAGAAUUGAAGUUAAGAAGAGAGUCUUACGCGAGGAGUGGUCCUAUCAUUCGCGUUACAGACGACGAGCCGUCCUGUUCGAACUACACUUCAGAAAAGAGUUUGUCUUCUGGCACGCAGAAGUAUGUGGCAGAACCUGAAACGAAAGUCAACUUUGUUCUACCCGAAACUCAUAAAAUACCUAUGUCUCAUCAAAAUUCUUACGAGAAGAUUAGGGGGUCACCGAGGUUUCCGCACAGGAUCUCUCCAACAGCAACCAGCUUGACUACACUCGAAACGCGACGAAAGACCAGCGCUGACAGCGUUUUUGGCAUCACAAGCAAAAUCUUUGAUGAGCAACGAAGGUACAGUCAUCAAAAUGUAAGCAACCAGGAGUCUAAAGGCAAAACUGUGUUGGAGACCAGGUGGAAAUCGACAGAAGAUGCCAGCCCUGGACCUUCUUCGAGACAUUAAUCAUCGAAAUGCACUCAAAAAGAAACACUGUCAGUAGCAAUAAGAAUAACUUAUCCUAUUAAUGUAACCUUAUGUAACGAAAAUUUGUUGAUUUACAAUAACGAUAGCCUUUUUCUGCACAACAGAAAGACUAAAAUUAAAGUAAUUUUCUCACUUAAAGUAGAACCAGACCAUCCCUGACCAUAUAACCACCCAGAACAUAUUUGUCAGCAAUCUCCCAAA